UCGAAAGUGAAAGCAACGCUGGGUUGGCCUGGGCCGGGCCGGGCAGGGCCUGGCGGGCUUCCUGUACCGCCCUCCGUUGCCCAAGCGGGACGGAGCACCGACCUCAAGCGGGAGAAGCGACUCUCGCGGACUGGAGCGAUCCCUCGCCCGCAGCGCCAUGCACCGGAGGGACAGGCAGGAUGAGGUGGAGUUGGAGAAAAGUGUCCGCCGACUACGGGAGAAAUUCUAUGGGAAAGUGAGCAUCAAAGAUGCUGUGGUUCUGAUGCGGAUGUUCCACAACAAUCAUGACCUGGUCUGCAACUACAUCAUCCUUGUGAAAAAUGAAACAGAAGAGCCAGAAGAUGGAGAGAAGAUCAGCGGUGAUCCGGUAGCCUUGAAAGUAAUGAAUAAACUGGAGGAAGAAGAGGAGCAGAAUAAACAGAACCCAAGUGGCAAGAAUGAUAAGAAAAUUAAGGAGGUUGCUAGGCAGCUGAAGCCCUUGAGUUUGACAAAGGAGAAUGUACGGAUGUUCAAUAAUGCCCAAAACAACCGCAUCCCUCCAGUUAGCCGGCAGUUUGCCUGCCAGUCUUGUGACAAGAUGUGGUGGCGUCGGGUCCCAGAGAGAAAAGAGGUGUCCCGUUGCCGCCGAUGUGCAGCCCGCUACGAUCCAGUGCCAUACAAUAAAAUGUGGGGCACGGCAGAGUUUAAUUGCCCCUCAUGCGGACAUACCUUCAGAGGAUCAGCUCAGAUGGGAACUCCGUCUCCCUGCUACCAUUGCCAUGCACCUGUGCUCCCAAGCUUUAUCAUCCCACCUCGUAAGACCCCAGGACCCCGAAGCAGACAGCAGCAUUCUUGCUUUGCAGAGGAUUGCUACAACCGAUCAGAGCCUCACAUUCCUGGAACCCAUUGUGUCCAUCCACGAAGCCGGAUCAAGAAUUGCUUGCCGAAAGUCAUCUGUCCCAGCCAAGAGCAUGAUAGCACCGGUUCCACAGUAGCCACCUGUAUAAGCCAAGGCAGCUUGGCAUGUUCGGACAUUGAUGAGCUCAUCUUAGAGGACCUGAAAGAACAGGAUGAGGAGGAUGAUAGCGAGGGCAGCAAUUAGCCCCCUGCAGGCUUGAGAUGCCAACCAUCUUGUGGGAGAUGGAUGGAAGGUUGCAAAUUAGGGGAAGUGGCACGGGGAGGAGUCUUACUUUAUAUUCUCCUCGGCUCCAAGCCUGCCUGUUCUAAUCAGGAAGAGUGUACAUUGAUUUGCUCCAAGCCCAAUUUGACACUAGGAAAAAGAUAUGGAGGGGACUGGGGAACCCCUGGUCAUCGCCAUGAAGCUCAUAGACCUGCACUUUAGGCUUAUGGGACCAGAACGUUAGAGAUCAUGGAAUUGGAGGAUCUCUGUUACAAAUAAUACGUUACUUGUUGAAGGGAGUAAUUCUAAUUGUGAAAUGUUUUUAUUCUUGAAAUAUAAAACUGAAAGGCAAUGUCCAAAUAUUUUUCUUAGUUAAAAAGGGCAAGCAACUAUCCUCCAAAGUACCUGCAUAAUAAUAGUAAUGCUAUUGAAGUAUUAGUUACUACCAUAUAUAAACCAUCCUCCUCCAUAUAAGCUAGAGAUUUAUCAUUUGUAGAGGCCAUCAGAGUGGGGGAAGUUAAUAUAUAUAGUGCCUUACAAUUGUGAACAUACUUCCUGAUUUUCAGAUGGAAAGCGUUUACUAUGUUUCCUAUCUGCAGAUUUUUUUAAUCAGUUGUGAAUGCACAUAAUGACCACAGUAUAUCUUUUUUGCUCUGGUGUAUUAAAAUGCAAA